GAAAGUCUUUUAUUGUAAUUUUGUACUACACUUCAGUGACUUCACUACACCUGGGAUUUAAUUCUCGUACAGGUAACGUCCCGUGAACUGUAAUCUUUCAUUUGAUCUACAAGUACUAAAUAAUUCAGACUCGUAUGUGGGCAAUAUCCUUAUCACUUCUGAUCGAAUGUUCACAGGACAAGAAAGAUAACUUAUCCUACAUGUAGCCUACUUUCACUUUUGAUGAGUGAAAAAGGAGCACAAGUUACACUAAUGGAAGAGACUUCAAGGAAAAUGAAACAGAAAGAAAAACUCUGGGAACUGUUGAGGAAAAAUGCGAAAGCUCUGAAAGAACCAAAGAAUGUCAUUCUACUGGGAGACUUAGGUGUUGGAAAAUCGUCCUUUAUAAAUACUGCCAUAGCCACAUUGACGGGUAAACACGACUAUUACGCCUUCACUGGGAGCGGAUCCAAGCACAUCACAACCACUUUUCACAGAAUAAGUCGAGCUGAUUAUUGGAAUCCUGAAGAUGAAGAAGACAAACUGCUAUGUUUCCCAACCUUCUUCGACAUCAUGGGACUGGACUCCCAGCUAUCAACUGAAGACGAAGAAGACACAGUUAACAGCAUGAUAAUGAACCUGAUCAUCAGCGGAAAACUGCCGGAAAACUGUGAUCUCCUGGACGCCAGCAGGAACCUUAAAGCAGGAAAACAAAUAACAGACACACAGGAGGAAAAAAGUUUGACCGUGGAUAUGAUCAUAGUCGUGAUAUCAGCGGAGACUCCAACUAUUCCAAAGGCACUAAUUGACGAAAUCUACUACGAGGCGAAUAUAAAAAAGAAAAAGAUUCCUGUGUUUUGUGUAUUGACCAAAGUGGACAAAUGUGAUCUGUCUGAACAGGAGCUGGAAGACAAGAAAAUAGAGAUUUGCGAGGCUAUCAGCAUCACCCCAGACAGGAUGCUGCUAUGUACAAACUACCAACCUGGACAGACACCAGACGUAGAGACAGACCUCAGAAUAUUGGAAUUCAUGGCUACGCUCUGCAAUCCACGUUUCAAGACUGUAACUCUACAGAAAGCUCAAUUUACGGACCCCGCACCCCCGCCUCCUCCACCCCAGCCGACACCAGCAAAAGAAACCGCAUUCUGGAAAAAAGUCUUACAGUGGUCUUUCGUGUUCAUUGUGAUUGCAUUCUUCGUAAAUCUAAUACUACAGAUCUUGUUCAAAGACAAGACUGUUUACACACGAAGCAAGUGAUGCCAUUUAAUACUGCAGUUCUUAUCCAAAGACACGACAUACACAUUAAAGGAAGUGACGUCAAAGGACCAGGUUAUUCCAUUAUUCAUUAUUAAUCCACGAAUUAUCUCUUUGAGAAAUAUUACUAUUUCUUUCAUAUGAUUGUGAUUGCGACAUUCCUGUUUGCACUUUUUAUGAACGGUAGUGAUCUAUUGUUAGUUAUGCUCCCCCCCCCCCCCCCCCCCCCUUCUCAUGUAAAACCGAUUUUGUACAUGGAUAAUAUCUGUUUUAGAUUUAACCUGCAGAAUUUAUGCCAUUCCUAAAAUUGAUUUGUCGAAAUAUGUACAUGCAUUAUGUGUGACAAUGUGGUCACCCCAGAGUAGUGAGUUAAGAAAUCAGUGUAUAUUAAUUUUAAGAGUGAUAUUUGUUUAGAGGCUGUAUUUUCUAUACUGACACUAUUUUAUCUAUAUAUAUCUUGUGAUAUUUUAAAAACCAUUCUAAUGAUAUAUACCUCCCACAAUUAAUGUUCAAUAGUAUUCUCACUUUUAUUUUACACCAAUUGUUUCCAAUAAAGUUAUGAUUUUAGGUAUUGCA